AUGAUCUUCUUCAUUACUUUGUCCCUUUUUCUGAUCACCACCCUUGCCUUCUUUUACGUGCUCUACUGGUUUUCAACUUUGGACUGCGACCUUGAGCUAAAGUUUGCCGAACUGUAUGGCCAGAAGAUUGAAAACCUACGCAACAAGGUAAUUUGGAUCACCGGCGCCUCCUCAGGCAUAGGCGAGCACCUGGCGUACGUCCUCGCGUCAACGGGCGCCAAGCUGGCUCUUUCGGGCACCAGUCAGGAGCGACUGGAAAAGGUGGCCAAGAAGUGUAGAGAAUUGAGCAAGUCCCAAGACAACGUUCUGGUGCUGCCCUUCGACAUGACCAACUACGGCGUGCACCAGGCGAUGCUGGAACGGGUGCUAGAGCACUUUGGCCGG